ACUGACAUAACCUUAAUUUUUGUUGUUAAUUGAGCGUCCAAGCAAAAUUUGCUAUUAAAACUCGAACUAAAAUGGAUGAACCCCCAAAAAGAGGAAGAGGAAGAGGCCGGGGUGGAAGAGGUCGAGGUCGUGGCAGGGGCAGAGGCCGGGGUCGGGCCAAAAAACAGAUCAAAGUCAUCGAAAGCGACGAAGAAGUUGAACAAACUCAAAUUCCUGAGGCUAUUGAAGAAUCUCAGCAACAAGACGUUGAACCUGACGAAAAUACGGCCCCAAAAAUUGACUUAGAGGCAGACAUUUCACAACUAGAAGCUCCCACUUUUACAACUAUAAAUAGAGGCCCACCAGAACCCAUGUUGAGACUUGACUGGUCCCAUAAAGUGAAUUUAAUUGGUGAAAAAGUUCUCAAUCCAAUGAUACAUUGUUGUGAUAAGUGCUUGAAACCUAUUCUGAUUUAUGGACGAAUGAUCCCAUGUAAACACGUAUUUUGCCUGGCCUGUGGGAAAAAGGAGAACAAGCAGUGUCCGCGUUGCGGCGACAAAGUAACCCGAGUCGAACAAACCGGCCUUGGAACCGUGUUCAUGUGCACUCAUGAGGGCUCCCGCUACGGCACCACCGGUUGCAGACGCACGUACCUUUCACAGAGGGACCUGCAGGCGCACAUCAACCAUCGUCACGUGUCUGCGUCGAUGCCACAACCGAUGGAGGUGGUGGAAACGGAGCGGGCGCCCCCCAGGUCCAAGACCAACGAUCCCAGGGCCGGCAUUGUGUCGGGUAACGUUCGACAAAGGUCGGCACCAAUUCAAACCACCGGCAUGAGGACCAAUCUCAUCACGGUACCAAUACAAGAUUCCUCGCCGUCCGUACACGAACCUACACCCACGACUCACACUUAUUACAGUUAUCCUUCCAGUCAAUAUCAACAAUCAGCUACGGCGGCCGCCUCGCUGGUGGCUGCGGCAGCGGCCAGCACAUACGGUCAGUCCGGCCUGCCACCCAUGCACAUACCGCCGCCUCCACAACAAGCUCCGCCCCAGUACUAUGCAACAGGACCGCCAGCUUACAGCGCCGCACCGCCUCCACCGCCACCGCAGUCGUACAAUCCAAACGCUGUGGCCGCAGCUGCUUACACCACGGGCGCCCCCGCUCCACCUUCACAAUAUGCGACUCCAACCGCUGCGGCAGGAAGGGGCGGUGCUCCACAGUAUGACUACACUGCCGGACCACCACCGCAGUGGACCGCCAAUAAUCAGCCGUACUACAGAUAGGACCUGGCCAACUGGGCACUAUACAUGAUGCACAAAAUAUUUUUGAUGUUUAUUUAAUGUUUUGACACCAGCCACUACUUGCAAUCACCUGAACAUUAAAUUCAUGUUGAGCAUGAAUGAUAAUUAAAUUAAAAAGGUUCCAGUUUGGUUAAAUCUAAAACUAUGUGCAGGAACAGAAAACAGCUCUACUAAUUGGACAAUGUGUGACUAUUAAAUUAUUUAAUAGUUAAAUGGCACACUAUAAUUAAAAGAAAUGACUGGUAUAUAAUAAAUAAAAGUUUUAGUGAUACUCUAAAGGACAUGUACAGUUUUUAUAUAUAUAAAAGGGCGUUUGUAUUUUAAAUUGUUAAAAUACUAUUAAUUGUUAAUUAUCCUUAUAGUUGUAUAAGUUUUAAUUGUAAUAACCACAUACAUCUGUAUAUAGCUAACUAUAUUCAUUAAAAUAUAGUAAGUUUGGCAUAAUAAACUGUAAGUGACCUAAUAAUUUUCA